AUGUCAACUUUACCAUCUUAUCAAUCUUUACCACCACAAAUUACAUCUACAAUGAUUUCUAAUACACCGCCACCUACUUCACAAAAAGGAGGAAUAACAACAACAACGAAUAAAGAGAUCACUACUAAAGUUAUAAUGGAACAAUUCGCUAAGAGAUGUAAAACUCAAUUGGAACGUCGAAAUUAUAUUUGGUUGGAUACAGUGAAAAUAUUGACUGCAGGGGUUAUCGAAAUGGAAAAUGAUAUUGCUGAAUUAGAAAGAGCACGAUCUAGUGAAAGAGGAGCUACCAAACCAUGGACGGUUCAUUAUAAAUAA